AUGAAGCCAGAGUUGACGGCUCAGGAGCAGACAACAGCGUCAGGGCAGCAGAAUGCGGGAGGCCAGGACCCGAACCAGGCCGCGGCUGAUGCGUACAGACAAGCACCGGCGGCAGCAGCAGCAGCGUCACGGACGGCGCAAGACUGCGAGACGGGCCAAUGUGUGGCCGAGGAGGAAGACCCGAUGAAACCAGAGACGUUUACCGCACCUCUUCGAGGCCCGCUUCCGGAUCCUACUAUCGUGAUUGAGUUCUGUGAUCGAUGCCGAUGGCUCCAUCGCGCGACCUGGGUCCAGACGGAGCUCUUUCUCACUUUUCAAAAGCCACACGAUGAUUCGCAAAGUGUCGCGCCCUCAAAGGCCUCGGGAGGAGCACACAUCGAAGGCAUCAUGCUGCUUCCGCAGACGGCAAAGCAGACCGCAGGCCGCUUUCGCGUCUGGCUCUACCGCAACUCAGCGGCGCCGACGCUGCUCUGGGAUCGCAAGGUCAAGGGUGCGUUCCCCGAGCUCAAGGAGCUCAAGCAGAUCGUCAGAGACCAUGUUGCCCCUGGUCAGAGUCUAGGCCAUUCGGACAAGCACGCCAAACCGCCUCCGUCGAAAGAUGUCUCAUGA